GAAAAAGUGUUACUGUACCGAAUCCAAAAGCUCAGCUUAGUAGCAUCGAGCUUUUGUACGACAAACCUACGUACAAACAAAACUGAUAAUAAAUCAAUUUCGCACUUCAUCCGCCUUACGCGUUCGUAUUUUCAACCUGUGUGGUGUGGUGGUAAUUUGCCUUGACGUAAGCAACCAAGCCAAACACUAAACAGAAGUGUUUUGACAGAUGUUUGACAUAAAAAUGAUCGCUUGAAAUAUACUUUUUUCCGGAUGGUGAUGAUUAAAAUGGUGCUACUUAAAAUAUUACUUAAUGUGGUUGUAUUUUCAGUCCUUAUACUUACCACUGUUCAUUCCACAAUUUAUGAUGUCGAAAAGUAUAUUUUAAAUAUGCCCAAUGUCCAGCCAAAAAAAUCGGAUCAAUAUUUAUGCACUCCAGUGAAAGUGAAUCCAUCUCUUUCGUAUUAUAUUGUUGGAUUUCAACCAAAUGCUUCCAUGAAUACUGUUCAUCACAUGAUUCUGUAUGGUUGUAAACGACCCGGAUUAUCAAAACCUGUUUGGAAUUGUGGAGAAAUGUCCACUCUAGAUAUGCAGAAUCAUGAAGGGUAUGCCAAUCCAUGCUUCGAAGGAAAUAUAAUCAUAUAUGCCUGGGCCAGAGAUGCUCCAAUGUUAAAGUUACCUGAUAAUGUGGCAUUUAAAGUGGGCAAAGAUACAGAUAUACUGUAUUUAGUAUUGCAAGUGCAUUAUAAUCACGUAGAACACUUCAAAGAUGGAACUGUCGAUAAUUCUGGAGUGAUUCUCCAUUAUACAGAAAAUCCAAUGCCUAGAUUAGCUGGUGUGCUACUGAUGGGAACUGCUGGUGAAAUUCAACCAUAUUCCCUCGAAAGUAUGGAAACCGCUUGUCCAAUUCAAGAAGACAAGGUUAUACAUCCAUUUGCUUUUCGAACCCAUACUCACGAACUCGGUGUACGAGUAGUUGGUUAUAGAGUUCGACGAAAAAAUGGCAUGCUUCAUUGGACUAUGAUAGGGGAAAGAGAUCCUAUGGAUCCGCAGAUGUUCUACGAGGUUGAAAAACCUUUAAUAAUUAAAAAAGACGACUACGUGGCGGCUGCUUGUAAGAUGGAUGCAACUAAAAGGGAUCGAGUAACGCGAGUCGGCGCAACGUCAAAAAAUGAAAUGUGUAACUUUUACAUGAUGUAUUGGGUAGAAGACAGUGCACCAUUAGACCAACAAUACUGCUUCACCAAUGGACCACCAUUUUAUUAUUGGACGCAGGAUUUUGAAGAUAUUCCUGAUAUUGAAAAACUAGAAUAUAGAAAAACGGAAACGUAAUUUUAAUGUUUUAAAUUUCAAUACUUGACGAUCUCUUCGGUCUUCGCACUGUGUCUGUACAUUCUGAUUCUGAACGCAUUUAUUUCAUUUUCCUUUCCUUUCCCUUUCCCUCGUGAUAAUAUUGUACUUAUCAGUAUGUUUAGAGUAAUCUUCCAUCAUUCCUUAGAAAAUUAUUUCUACAGAAGAAUCUAGUCAGAUUGAUUGUGUUGUUUUAAAUACAAUUCAGCGUUGCUGUUUUAUACAACUAGUCAAUUCUAAUAUGUUUUAACAUGUUGGUGUGUCCAAGACGAUCGCCAGCAUUGGAAAACGAAAAACGUUAUUUUUAUCUAGAACCAAAAAUGUUAAGUUUGUUUUUUUUUGUUGGUUCUUCAAAACAUACAUAAUCAUUGUUGAAUAGAACGCUUGAAUUUUUUCAAGGAUAAAAAGUUUUGAAAUGCAACUUUAAACUGUGAGCUUUUGUUUUUUGAAAUCCAACUCUUUUUUUGGCUCAUUUUUUAAAAAAUUGGUAGGCUUGUUGGGAAUUGUGCAUACCUAUUUUUUUUACAAUGUUUUUCAAAAAUUAUACCCAAAAAAGAACAAAAAAAAAUUAUCCAGAAUUUUCUUGAAAACAAGAAAAAUAUCUGAAAAAAACCCAAGGAACUAGUUUUUGAUUCACGAAAGCUCUAAAAAAUAUGUUGUAAAGAAGAAAAAAAAAUGUUUCAAAUGAUCUUGGAAUCAUUUCAAUUUUUUUUUUUGGUGCCAAAAUCAGUCAUUUUCUAAAUGACUAAAAUCAGUAAAACUGGUAAAAAAAAAAAAAAAAAAAAAA